AUGAGAGUUUACUACUGGUCUACUGUCAUUCUCCGACAGCAGUUCCCAAAGCAUGCUGAUGCUCUCUCUCCCUCAACCCUGGCACUGACUUGCCUCCUCCAUGAUAUCGGCACCACCGACGACAACAUGUCUUCAACCCGCCUCUCUUUCGAGUUUCAAUGUGGUUUCCAAGCUCUCAAUCUCCUUCAAGAAACCGGCUCUACCAAAGACCAGGCCGAAGCGGUUUGCGAGACUAUAAUCCGUCAUCAGGACCUCGGCACUGAGGGAAAUAUCACUUUUCUCGGGCAACUCAUCCAACUCGCUACGAUCUAUGAUAACGUGGGUGACCAUCCAAAUGUCAAGGACUUCGGAAAGAUAAUUCAUGAGAAGACGCGCGCGGAAGUCAAUAAUGCCUUCCCACGUGAGGGAUGGCUGGGGUGCUUUGCGGCUACUAUUCGAAAGGAGGAGAGCUUGAAGCCUUGGUGCCAUACUACUCACAUUCCUCAGUUUGCGGAGCAGGUGGAGGGUAAUCAGCUGCAGAAGCCAUAUGAGUGA